CGACUUCUUCAAAUUCAAGAUGGCGGAUUUCAUGAGUGCGAGAUUUGUUGUUUAUUAUAUAAAGUUGUGAUAUAUUUCUGAUUUGUGUCAAUAUGGAUAUGACCUCGAAUGUCGUUGCAGGCGAAAUCGGUGAAUUGGGAAGUAUUUUAAUGGAUGGAGGUGAUCGUUUUGGUGUGUCUACCGUGCUGUUUGACUCCCACGAAGAACUGAUAUGGGUUGGGAAUGAGGGAGUGAGUUAAUAAUAUUUCAAAGAUAUUAAAUUUCACGUUUGUAAAAUGAGAGAUUUGUAGUUCGAAUUAGAUCGCACAUGUCAUGAUACAUGUUUUAAUGUCUUCUAUAUAUUUAUACUAUUACACUCAUUUUCCAAACAUUCCAGGCAGAUUUUAAUAUAAACAAGGGACCAUUGACAAAAUUGAUUUUUCUGCCCACAUGUUCUGUGAUGUACCAACUCCUUUAUGGUCAUAGUUUGCUUUAUGUGGGGGUCUAUUAUAGUUAGGUAGAUUUUGAGACGGCGGUUUUUGGAUGUAUCUCAAUUUUCGUGGCGGUUUAUGGUGAAAAAAUAAUCACUUGGUAAUGGAAAAUCGUUGAGCAUAGACUAUAUUACAUAACUCAUAACUUCCUUUUGAAGAUUAACUGCCAGUUCACAAAGAUAAAAUCUGAUAAAGCAUAUAGUAAAUUUGCCAUUGAGUCAAGCUAUCUGCCAUAAAAAAAUGGUCUAAACCUGGGAAGUAUGCGGAACUGGAGUUCGUAAAUUAAAGAUCAGUUCUUAUGCAAAAUACAAAAUGGCUUACUAUGCAGUGUUGAAAUUGUCAAGUUCUUAUUGUUAUUAUUUGAAAGUAUCAGUAAUCUUGGGUCUGCAUAAAGUGAGAGCCAUGCGAGGCACCCAAAACUUGCGAAUCACACAUCAAUUAAUACAGCAGCGAGCCAUGCAUAUUUCGCAGAAACGUUUCUAUUACUGAUCAAAUAUAUUUGUACCAGUAUGUUAUGUUGUAUAUAAUUUUAAAGCUUAUAUGCUAAAAACAUUGUUUUCUGUCUUAUUUAUAAGGUACGGAAUAAAUGUUGAAGAUAGCAAUAUCUUCACAUAAUGCAAUAUCAAAAUCAACAAUGCUUGGUCUUAUUUAACAUUUUUAUGAAUACUGCAAGCACACUACAACAACUAAAUUCAACGAAAUUGACUCUAAGUUUAGCUUUAUAGCUUUAUUUAUUUUAGACGUAUGUUCUCACAGAGGUCUAUGUGAGAAGGUUUUAUGCCCGGAAAAACAUUUUGCAAUCCCCCCCCAACCCCUGCUCGGCAACAAUUUGGUACCGGAAAAGUGUUAAUAGCGACAGAACUGUUGUCGGCAAAUCUGAUACUACACCCCCCUUCUUUAAACUCUUUGCUACGGCCCUGUAUAUAGUGGUCCAUUGACAUUGUAACUAUAUACCGGACGAAACUUAAGCUGGACUCAAUUUAUUUUUAUUAGAGGAUACUAUAGUUUGUUUAGUUUAGAUUGUGUAUUUGUCCUUACUCCUUAACAUUGUUAUUCUUGCAAAAUAUAUCAUUUUGUUUUGGAAUUCCAUCUGCAUUACCCAUUGAUUAACCUGUUCUUCGUAAUUUUAUAAAACAAUUACCAAAUGGUUUUCCCGUGCAGGAUAGCAUGAUCCAUGCACUUGGGAUGUUGCGAGACUUUUGGAAAGCGUGAAAAUACACUAGCCUGUUGCGAGACUUUCGGAAAGCGUUAAAACACACUAGCCUACGGCUCGUGUAUUUUCACGCUUUCCAAAAGUCUCGCAACAUCCCGCGUGCGUGGAUCACGCAAUCCUGCACGGAAAACCAUUCCGUAUUCCUUUAAAACUAGCUACAUUACUUCAUUUAAUAUAUACCAGAUAUAUACUCAGAUUACUCAGUGUAUAAGUUUCAAUUUCGCCGCGAAAGGUUUGUAUGAUUGCAUGCCGGAAAUAUAUUUGUGGAAACAUCACGUUUUUUUUGUAUUACUAGGCUACUAGCUUUCGGUAUUUAUAAGCCUGCAUGGAUCUUCAGCAAUGUAUUAAAUUAUCAUAGCACCAACGCGGACUUGGGUCGAAAGCUUCGUUAAAGUCAAGACAAAAAAAUGAACGUGUCCACAAAACAAAACAAAACAAAACAAAACAAAACAAAACAAAACAAAACAAAACAAAACAAAACAAAACAAAACAAAACAAAACAAAACAAUUACAUUUAUUUUUACCAUGCAUUUAAACCUACAAGGUCAAAGAUUUUAUUGUGCUUUAAUGACAAUGUUAUCGAGAUAAUGAAAUAUCUUUAAAAAGCACAAUUACGUUAAUUAUUGGGGGAAAACACCCACAAAAUGCUUGUCUAUCACUCACAAAAUCUUUCUAUAUCUCCAAAUUACGGCAAAUAAAAAUAUUUCGAAACUCUUUAAAUCUUUAUUUAGCGUUGGUGUAUAAUUGGCUCAACGUAAUUGCCUCAAUGUUUAUAGCGUAAUUGCCUGUAUACAAAGUAUUGUUUUGUUUACUGCAAUGGCAACGAGAUUAUUUUUAGGUUGAAGGAAUAUGUAAAACUAUAAAAUAAAUUCACUGGACAACUUUUCUAGCUUAUCUUUUUUCGUUCUCGAGAUAUGUAAAUUAAAUAAAUCCAGGGUUCUCCUUAUCAGGCGGUAACCGGUAAAAUUUACCGUUUCCACGAGCACUGAUUACCGCCUGGAGAAGCCCAAGUUAAAUAUACGUUUGUGUACAUUUGUUAAGAAAUAAUUAGUAAUAAGGUGUGAGAAAGUCCUUUAUAUAAUAACUACAGUGAAACACGCAAUUUUAUUGGUCAAUAGUCGUGCAGGAUCAAGCUAUCCUGCACGAGGAAUUAUAAUGCCUUCGCGGGAUUUUCAAAAUGUCAUAGUUUCACUGCAGUUAUUUUAUAAAACAAUUACCAAAUGGUUUUCCAAGCAGGAUAGCGUGAUCCAUGCACUUGGGAUGUUGCUCGACUUUUGGAAAAGUGUCAAAAUACACUCGCCUGCAGCUCGAGUUUUUUUACGCUUUCCGAAAGUCUCGCGACAUCCCUCGUGCAUGGAUCACGCAAUCCUGCACGGAAAACCAUUCGGUAUUCCUUUAAUAAUCAAUCAAUCAAUCAAGUAUUGCUGAAAUUCCACAAUAUUAAUUAUUAAGCAUCGAUAGAUUGAAUACAGAAAUAUCCUAUAAACCCGAUCUGUGAACAAAAUUUUUUGGCGGAAUGAUUAUAUUAUCAACCCAGCGUGGGCCUGAGGACUGAGUAAUUAAAUUGGCGUGUGUUUAGAAUAUAAUCUUUAGUAUUCUAUAAAAGUUUAAAUCUUCCCUCAAAAUGCAGGAAAUGCCAUUUCAGAUUUCAAAAUUUUCCGUUGGUAUACCCCAGACCCCCUAGAGGUUUGUAUAGGUGCGACUUGAUGCUUAUACCUGUUGAAAAACCUGUUUUACUUGUCCCACUCACAACUAUGGAGAACCCUGUAAAUCUAUGCCAUUAUGCCAUCAUGCAAGCGAGUAAAAUAUUGGUAUCAAAGGUAUAUAGUAUAGUCUCGUCAAAGGUUUAAAAUGAUGAAAUAUUUCAAACCAUAUACAGCUAAUUCAAAAAAGGUUUUCUUUUGAAAAACCUUAAACUCAAAACCUUAAACCUUAAACUCUAAGCGUGAAAAGCAUAACGGGAACAUAUAAUAGUUUUGUUUGUGGAACUAUAAGUCAUAUUAUUAGCUCUGAAGCUUUGCAGUAAUAAAUUAACGUGGUGUUUGCACAAACAAAACUAUUAUAAUUAUGUUUUAUCGCCAUGCAAACGUAUACAGAGAACUUAUAACGGGAAGAGUUAUGCUUAAUCAGUUUAGAAAGCAGUAUAUGGGGCCCGCCGUUUCUUAGUCUUAGAAACACGGUAAAUAUUUAGGGAGAAGAGUUUACAACUGGCAUUAUACAGGCUAAAGUUUCCUUUGGCUUUAGUUUCUGUACUUACGUUGUAAAAGGUUUAAGUAUUUUUUUAUAAUAAACGGCUAAAGUAUUUUGUUUUAAUUUUCUUUGUUCAGAGAAAGGGCGUCAAAACCUUUCAAUUCCCACAGAAAGAAUGUCUGUAUACUCCCCCACAAGCUUGCAAUAAUAAUAGUUAUAGUUAUAGCUAUAUGUAUGUGCAGUAUUGAAAUUCUUCAGAGAGAUAUUGUGUUCUAUUUGAGUGUGUAACUUGUGAGGCACCCAAUAGGAUUCCAGAAUAUAUAUCAUGCGGUUAAAUGUUUCUUAACGAAAAUCUGCUACCUUUGUCCUCGUCAACCGUUGCGAAGUUUCUGGCCGAUAAACUUUUACUGUAUAAGAAAAAUGACGGUUACGGUUUUCACGAAGAAAUACGAGCGAUUAACGGUGAAACAGGCAAAAAUAGGACGGUUUGCGGAGCGACCAACCCCCAGUCGGGGACAUGCCAAUGUAUAGCCUGUAGUCAAGUAGUUAAUUAAAGUAUAAGUCCGCAGCCACAUGCCAGUGUAUAGUAAUAACGAAAUGCGAUUUGAAGCAUUUUGGGGGUGAAAUAUUAUUAUAAACUUCAAAAGAUACACAGUCUGUGGAAGCAUACAAGAAGUGCAUUGACAGCAAAAAUUAUUAGUAUCAUAUAGCUGGUGUGUUAGUGUUUUCGUUUCUAAAGAAUAGCGGCAAAGUAUAACCUUAUUAAUAAUAUUUACAGUACUAUUUUUUACACAAAAAAUGCAAAGUUAGUCAUAUAGUGACAAACACAAAAAUCACUGAUGAAUGUGAAUUGUGAAUUAAUGGCAUCUUUUAUAGCAACAUACAAGAGAACAAUUUUUGAACUGUCGAUCAAUAUACUGGGAAAGCUCAAUAUCAUUAUCCUGAUGUUUACUUCGUGAAGCAGAACGUUGAUUGCAAGGGCCUUUAAGAAGUAUGUCAGACAUAGCUUUAGCAAAAUGCUGGCAGUUAUUUUUAAAGAGUUUGUACUUGGCAUCCUUCCACAUUUCAACGAUCAUGUUCGCAUCUUUCCAAUUGCAGUAACUACGGCCAAUCUGUUCAAUUCCAUCAUCGUUUAAAUGUUUUCCAUCUUUAUAUUUAUAUUGCGGAUCAGCAAUAUCGAGCACUUGGACACCAUAUGAUUUUCCAAACUCAUAGGUAAAUCCACGAAAUGUAACAAAUUGAUGUUCCCAUUUUAGUUUGAUACUCCUUUUUUUUCUAGAUGAUGAACCGAAUAGCUUUGCAUGGCCGAGUAGCACACAAUAUUCUUCAGGAUUAGACGUUUCUGAACAAUUUUCUUCUUUCAUUGUAUUCGGGUUGAUGCAUAUAUUGUUCCCAAUGCAGCGUUGGCUUCGCGGUUUACAUCUUUUAUCGUGCGGGCAGUAGAAGUUAAUGUUGUCUGUACCACAUGUUUGUGGAGCAACUCCUUCUCCACCCGAGCCCGACGAAUCACGCUUCAUAACUGCAUGACACUUAGUGUCCAAAAUUCGCAUCCAAAUGAGAAGAAGACAUAUUAUCCAUGCAGUAUUAUCCAUAUUUCGCUUGUCUUGUCUUUUGACUAACUUUAAGCUCUGACUCUCAAUUAUAUAAGAACGUUAAUAAUCCAAGCGCUUUCAUUGGUCGAGAGCCAUUAUCUAUUAGCGGAACUCACGGAAUUACGUCACACAAAACUCUUUGUUCUGUGCAGCCAAUCACAACACAUAUACAGCACGUAACUUGAGGUAUUAGCCAAUAGCAUCCCCCCCCCCCCAUUUGUAUAGAUCAUGUAAGGCCAUAUAAAAUAAAUUCCUUGAUUAUCAUCACCGCCCGACGAUAGUUUGGUUUCCGCGUUGAUAUAUUUUUGUAUUUUGUUAUAAAAUAUAAAUUUACCGCCCGACCGAGCAUCUUCAGAGAUUUAGUUAUUUUUAUAUUUUAUAUUGGAAUUUUUGCGAUAUAAAAUUGUUUUAUCGUUAAUAUUGCAAAAUGUUAAGGGAUGCUUGGAAUACUGAAGGAAAAAUGGGCUUAUAGCCUUAUUACAACUAUUUGUGUGGACCCUUAUGCAUGUUCAUUAGCGCAUGUUCAAUUAUCCACUUAUAUAGCGUUCUUCUAUAAUAUAUUUAAGGGCAAAUAUAAAAAGACCUCCCUCUCCAAUUUUUUAAAUUUUAAACUUUUUUAUAUUUGGCAUAAAAUAUAACAUAUAAACCUCCCGCCUCCUGGGAGUUUUUAAAAUUUAGCGAUGAGAAUCAAGGAAUUUAUUUUAUAUGGCCUAAGCGUGAUAUUUUCUGGGGGGAGGCUUUUAUUUGUAAAUCGUGAAGAGAAAAAAGGAGGAUAAGGACAAAAACGCUGUAGGAACUGUUAUUGGAAUCGAUUUGGGAACGCCGCUUAUUUAUGUGUCGAUGUUUUCAAAAAAUGGGCGAAUAGAAAGCAUUGCCAAUGACCAAGGUAACCGAAUAAUACCAUCGUACGUUGCUUUCACACCGGAGGGAAAACCUUUGAUUGGUGAUGGUGCGAAUUUAGAACCAGCCGCCUCAAAUCCAUAAAAUUCCGUGUUCCAUGUCACCUCCUUAAAGUUGUUAACAACAAGUGCAUCCAUCUGAGUGCAUCCAUCAAACUCGCCUGAGAAGAAAGGAACUAAAGGAUCAGGGCCAAGCAGGACUCUCAUGUCGCCUCUGUGGCAGACCAUGUGCCACCACCGCUGGCCUCGCCACGGUGAAAAAAUAAUCACUUGGUAUUGGAAAAUCGUUGAGCAUAGACUAUAUUACAUAACUCAACCUCCUUUUGAAGAUUGACUGCCAGUUCACAAAGAUAAAAUCUAGUAAAGCAUAUAGUAAAUUUGCCAUUGAGUCAAGCUAUCUGCCAAAAAAAAAUUGUCUAAACCUGGGAAGUACGCGGAACUGGAGUUCGUAAAUUAUAGAUCAGUUCUUAUGCAAAAUACAAAAUGGCUUACUAUGCAGUGUUGAAAUUGUCAAGUUCUUAUCGUUAUUAUUUGAAAGUAUCAAUAAUCUUGGGUCUGCAUAAAGUGAGAGCCAUGCGAGGCACCAAAUUGUUUACCAAGAACAAGGGAGAAUUGGGGAGAUUGCAAAAUGUUUUUCCAGGCAUAAAAUUUUUUAUAUAUAGACCUCUGUGAGAACAUGCAUGCGUCUACAAAAAAUAAAGCUAUAAAGCUAAGCUUAGAUUCAAUUUCGUUGAAUUUAGUAGUUGCAGUGUGCUUGCUGUAUUCAUAAAAAUGUUUAAUAAGACAAAGCAUUGUCGAUUUUGAUACUGUAUUAUGUGAAGAUAUGGCUAUCCUCAACAUCUAUUCCGUACCUCGUAAAUAAGACAGAAAACAAUGUUUUCAGCAUAUAAGCUUUAAAAUUAUAUACAAUAUAACAUACUGGUGCAAAUAUAGUUGAUCAGUAAUAGAAACGUUUCUGCGAAAUAUGCAUGGCUUGCUGCUGUAUUAAUUGAUGUGUGAUUCGCAAGUUUUGGGUACCGGAAAAAGUGUUAAUUAGCGAUAGAACUGUUGUUGGCAAAUCUGAUACCACCCCCCCCCCCCCCCUUCUUUAAACUCUUCGCUACGGCCCUGUAUAUAGUGGUCCAUUGACAUUGUAACUAUAUACCGGACGAAACUUAAGCUGGACUGAAUGUAUUUUUAUUAGAGGAUACUAUAGUUUGUUUAGAUUAGAUCGUGCAUUUGUCCUUAUCCUUAACACUGUUAUUCUUGCAAAAUAUACUUAAUUAAUUCUUCGUUAAUGUCAACAUUCGUCAUAUCAUUUUGUUUUGGAAUUCCAUCUGCAUUACCCAUUGAUUAACCUGUUCUUCGUCGAGGUCCAGUGUAAGAAGACACUAAACUAGCUACUUUACUAAUCAUUUAAUAUAUACCAGAUAUAUAUACUCAGUUUACUCAGUGUAUAAGUUUCAAUUUCGCCGCGAAAGGUUUGUAUGAUUGCAUUCCGGAAAUAUAUUUGUUUGGUAGGCCUAUUUCUGGAAACAUCACGUUUUUUUGUAUUACUAGCUUUCGGUAUUUAUAAGCCUGCAUGCAUGGAUCUUCACCAAUGUAUUAAAUUAUUAUAGCACCAACGCGGACUUGGGUCAAAAGCUUUGCCAAAGCCAAGACAAAAAAAUGAACGUGUCCACAAAACAAAACAAUUAUAUUUAUUUUUACCAUGCAUUUAAACCUACAAGGUCAAGGAUUUUAUUGUGCUUUAUGACAAUGUUAUCGAGAUAACGAAAUAUCUUUAAAAAGCACAAUACAUUAAUUAUUGAAAGAAAACACCCACAAAAUGCUUGAAAACGUGAUUAUCUUUCUAUCUCCAAAUUACCGCAAAUAAAAAUAUUUCGAAACUCUUUAAAUCUUUAUUUAGCUUUGGUGUAUAAUUGGCUCAACGUAAUUGCGUCAAUGUUAUCGUAAUUGCCUGUAUACAAAGUAUUAUCUUCUGUGAUAUUUGUCCAUAUAGCAAUGGUCGUGAAAACAGGCGAGUUUACUGCAAUGCCAACGAAAUUAUUUUCAGGCUGAAGGAAUAUGUAAAACUGUAAAAUAAGUUCACUGGACAACUUUUCCAGCUUAUCUUUUUUCGUUCUCGAGAUAUGUAAAUUAAAUAAAUCUAUGGCAUUAUGCAAGGGAGUAAAAUAUUGGUUUGAAAUGAUGAAAUAUUUCAAACCAUAUAUACAGCUAAUUCAAAAAAGGUUUUCUUUUGAAAAACCUUAAACUCAAAACCUUAAACCUUAAAGUCUAAGCGUGCAAAGCAUAACGGGAACAUAUAAUAGUUUUGUUUGUGGAAACACCACGUAAAUUUAUUACUGCAAAGCUUUCGAUCCGUAAGCCCAUAACUAUAAGUCAUAUUAUUAGCACUGAAGCUUUGUUUCCACAAACUAUUAUAAUUAUUUUUAUCGCCAUGCAAACGUGUACAAAGAACUUAUAACGGGAACAGUUAUGCUUAAUCAGUUUAGAAAGCAGUAUAUGGGGCCCGCCGUUUCUUAGUCUUAGAAACACGGUAAAUAUUUAGGGAGAAGAGUUUACAACUGACAAUAUACAGGCUAAAGUUUCCUUAGCUUCUGUACUUACGUUGUAAAAGGUUUAAGUAUUUUUUUAUAAUAAACGGCUAAAGUAUUUUGUUUUUAAUUUUCUUUGUUCAGAGAAAGGGUGGCAAAACCUUUCAAUUCCCACAGAAAGAAUGACUGUACUCCCCCACAAGCUUGCAAUAAUAAUAGUUAUAGUUAUAGCUAUAUGUAUGUGCAGUAUUGAAAUUCGUCAGAGAGUGUGUAACUUGUGAGGCACCCAAUAAGAUUCCAGAAUAUAUAUCAUGCGGUUAAAUGUUUCUUAACGAAAAUCUGCUACCUUUGUCCUCUCGUCAACCGUUGCAAAGUUUCUGGCCGAUAAACUUUUACUGUAUGAGAAAAAUGACGGUUAUACGGUUUUCACGAAGAAAUACGGGCGAUUAACGGUGAAAGAGGCAAAAAUAGGACGGUUUGCGGAGCGACCAACCCCCUAUAAUAGACCCCCUUAUGUUUGCUUCAUAGAUUACUGAAUGAACUACAAUGUAGAGACGGUUAGCUGCGCAAAUUUCUCUCAUGUGCGGCAGGCUUUAAAAAGUCUAUUAAAUUAAGUAUUUCAUGGUGCAUUUUAAGUGCAAUAUGACGGAGAUCUUCGCAUCCACACUAGAAAGUACGCCACUUUAGUGGGAGAUCUUCUGCAGCAGGCUAGCUAUUUUGUAAUACUAAUUAUUAAUAAACUUGGGUUAUUGCGGCAGUUCUCCUGCGGCAGCUUGUUGGUGCUUUCCACCCAGGUUCGGCAUGAGUUUGGGCUGUUUGGCAAAUUACAAUACUAUCUUUAGUUAAUAUUGGCAUGGAAUGCACCCUGGAUGAAAUACCAGUAUCACGAGUGCAAUUUUGAAACAUUCUAAUGAGACAAGUUCUCAUGCAAUAGAACACUCAGAGCCAGAGGAAACCUCACACUGGAAAGUAUUUAUCGUGCACACAGUUCUGUAAUGUAUAUUAAAUCUUUAAAUUAUCAGACUAGAGUGUCAAGUGUAUGUAAGUAUGUUUUUCCAUGAGGACUGCCGAAUAGAAUACCAUGUUUUUGCUAGGGUCAUAUCACAUCAUACUUUGGGUCAGAAAUGCAGAAGUACACGUCAUUUCAAGCUCAUGAAAACGAAGUCCGUCAUUUACUGACAAACGAUGGUGGCGUGUUGUCUCUAACACACAAUGAAAUACGAUUCACAAAAAGACAAGGACUGAAAUUAUUUAGCCUUAGGUAGGUUUAAUCAGUUCUCAAACCUGACUUGAUUUUUACAUUUUGUAAAAUUAUGUAUCCAACCAUAGGUGUACACUGGAAGGAAGGAAGGGAGGAAGGGAGGGAGGGAGGGAGGAAGGAAGGAAGGAAGGCCCUGAGAAAUGGUAAAGAACACUUUCCUUAAUUUAGUGGCUCAAACAUGACAGACAUGCAAUGUAUGCUUCAGAAGGAUGACUCAACAUUACUUAUUGCUGGCCAUCAAGAUGAAAUAUUUGAGUUGGAUCUAAAUCGUCAUAAGAUUUUACAAGAAGUAUGUUAAUAUUGCUCUUGUGAUAUUUGACAACAUGAUUUGUCAUUUGUGUGAGGAUCACAUAUACAUUAACUUUAAAAAUAUAACAACAAUUAAAAUUUAAUAGUUUGAGUUUAUUUUAACUAUGGUAUGUACAGUACUGUACAUCAUAAUACUGCAUAGCAGGAUGAUGUACAGAUGAUAUACAGUACAUACCAUAUUAUUAUCUAAAUGUUCUUUUAAACACCCCCCACCCCCGCAAAAAAAAAGAAAGAAGCCCAACCUCUCAAUAAGCCUGCCCUCUAAAUAGCCUGCCUCUCCAAUAAGGGCCAAUUAGAAUUUUAUUAAGUUUCCCUCUCUUAAUUCCCUUUUCUUCCCUUUUCUUCCCAACAAAGAAAAUAAAAUGAUACAAUAUUGAUUAACCCAUUAAGUUGCAAUGCAUCCUAAUGCUUCUGACUUUAUUAUAAUUUACUCUGUCAAGGGGAGAGCAUUGUGCAUCAAUGGGUAAUUGACACUUCCCGAAUUUGCUUACAAAACAAUAGCUUGAAAUUGUAAUCCAUUGUAAAUUAGUACUGUAGUGUUCAUUGGCAGCCAACAAGUUUGGAAAGUGUCUGUUGGUCGCAAGUUCCAUGUUUAUUGUUUUUGCUCAAUGUUAGUAUACAGUUGAACCUGGAACGUGUAUCAUGAAAGUUUCAUCGCGAUAUCUUUGUUGUGGCGAUAGCUCUGGCAAGGUAAAUAUUCUUCAUGCAAAAUAUUUCUUUGUUUCCUGGUGAAUUUCACCACCGUCUCAUUCCGUCUUUGGCUAAAACGCUUUUCUUUUCAAGAUACGUUUAAGAGACCCGAAAACUUUGAAAUGUGAACACGUUCUCUCGGCGCAUUCUGGAACGUUGUCCGAUUUUGACGUCUUGGGAAAUACGUUGGUAACCUGUGGCUUUUCUAGCAGGUAGAUUUGUGCUUGAUUUCCUCUGGAUCAGAAAGCUAUUGGUGAUUCUUUUCUGGCGCCAGCAACGCAAAUUCACAUGCCUGAUUAAAUUGUUGGCAAGAGAAAAGCGCAACACGCGUGUAAUGUUGUAUUGGCUGCGUCUUGACACUAAAGACCGCUUUACACUACAUGCAACUUUUUCCUACAGCUGUCGCAUGCAACCUGCUUACAACUCAAAGUUGUACCGUGUAGCUAAAUCAAGCAGACAACAUGCCUAUAGCCCCCUCUGUGUCAGCAACUGAUCUGGUUGUUUGAAGUAACCCCAGAGCAAUUAUAUAUUAUCCACGGUUUUUAGACAAGGUCAUUUGUCUGCUGAUCGCUUUCUUAUGAUGUACGAUAUGAGAAUGUUGAGAAGUUUAGCGCCAUUACAGGUACGCUAUUCGAUAUUGCUGUAAAGUUCAUUCUCUAAAACAUUUUUGCCUCCAACUUAAUUAAAAUCAGUUUGAAUAAAAGGUUUUCAGGUUUUUAUUGCUGAAAAACAUCGUCACAACUUAGUUGUUCAGCAUAUCCGCGCUUUUGUUCAAAGAUAGUUAUAAAUUAUUGAGGAUGAUACUCUUGUACGCUCCCCCUUCCCUAUAGUGUCCACAUUUUAUCCCCUUUUCUAUUUAACAAUUUUAUUGAGAAUUCUACAAUUACAUAUUGUACCCCGGAUACUGUACUGUCAAAAACAAGCACAAGACAGACAAUAUACUUACAGUACGAAUAGUAGGAGACCCAAACGGACAAAAUAAAGUACAAACAUAUCAAUCGCGCCUUUACCAUUUUCAUUCUUACAGACUCCAAUGCUGGAACCAUUCAUGUUGAAAUUUUCUAGCACGAUGUCGUCCAGAGUUCAGGUCGUCUCACAUGUAAGUCACUGUUCGAUAGAUAUAAUUCCAGAACAUUUUUAUGCCAAGAAAUAUUUUCCCGAUUCAGUUUGAAAAUCCGUACAGGACAUAAAAUUUCUGAAAAAAAUGUAUACAGACUGAAGAUGACAGAAAAAAUUAUAUCACAAUACGAAAACAGAACACUGGAAAAAAUUUUGAAAAUCCGUAGAAGGCCAUAGAAUAAAAAUUGUAUGGACCCUUUAUUGGAAAUAGAAUGGAUUUUGAUAAUCCAUAAUAAUUGUAUAUUUCUAUACUAUGGAUAUAGUACCGAAAUAUAGUGUGGAUAUACUAUGGAUUUAGUGGUGCAAUUGCAAAUCUGAUAGUAUGGAUUUCACUUUUUCUCCCAGUGAAACAUGCACACCAACAGCAUAAAAAUGGCAGUUUUCUAAUGGUCCAUCCUUGACGCAAAUUAUUCAAGAAAUUGCUACAGGGAUGCGACUACCUGAAAAAUGAGCAAACUUCACCAUUUUGAGCGAAGCUCGUUUGUCUGGUAGUUAUUGCUUAUUACCUAACUAACCAACUGCGCUCGGUAUAGUUUGCUCUAUAAGUUUCAGAUAGUUAAACGAACAUCUAGGAUAUUCUUCAUCGCUGCCUACACUGGAACCCCACAUUUAAUGAAUUGUUAUUAUUGUAUGUUCUAGAGUGGUCAACUGCAGUUUCUAGACAUUGGUGGUCACAUGACCGCAAGGUCAAUGUAUAUUUAUCACGUGAACACGCAUGGAGGAAUGGUGGCGGGUUUUGAUAUUUCACCUAACGGUCAGGCUUCAGUAUUUGGUGAUUCCGCAGGUACCUUUUGUUCUGCGCAAAUCUCUAAGCUUCAGUAUUAGGUGAAUUUAUGAUUCAAUCUACUGUAUACAAACGGACAUUUCUCUAUUACGGGCGCGUCUUUAAAUACGGACACCUCUCUAAUAUAGUACGAACACAUCUCUAAUAUGUGCACCUCUCUAAUACGGAAACCUCUGUAAUAUAGUAAGAACACCUCUAUCCGGACAUCUCUUUAAUACUAUCUAGUACAGACACCUUUCUUAUGAUCACCUCUCUAAUAUAGCACGAACACCUCUCUAAUAUAGCACGAACACCUCUCUAAUAUAGUACGAACACCUCUCUAAUAUAGUACAUGUACGAACACAUCUCUAAUACGGACAUCUCCCCAAUAUAGUACGAACAUCUCUCUAAUAUAGUACGAACACCUCUCUAGUUACGGAAAUCUCUCAAAUAUAGUACGAACACUUUCUCUAAUACAGACACAUCUCUAAUACAAACAUCUCUCUAAUACGGACACCUCAAAGAAAAUCUGAAUCUGGCACUCAGCGUUACGUUUAAUACGUUAGAUAUACGUCUUAAAACAUGAAAAUUACCAGCGGCAGAAUUGCCGAAGACUACGAGCUCAAAUCUGUUGUUUUUGACGUAUUUUUGAAUCGUUCAGGUGUUGUUCACCUUUGGGUCGAUCAUGGAAUGGAACAUUUGGCUUUUAACAUUUAUUCAAGACCAACAAAUUUUGCUGACGAGGUAUAUCACUUUGUUUAGUCUUUUGAAGGCACUGACUUGGUUCCCCGGUUCAGCCCACUAAACGGAACACCAAAACCUCAACCUCUAUGCGUGAAAAACACAAUGACGGUUUGUCUUCUUUUUUUAAUGAUCUAUUUGUUCGUAUAUACUGCAUGUAACAUUUUGUGAACAGAUACAUAUACACAUACACUCUGCUUUUCUGAGGUCACAGCUCGUGUUUUUGCUGUUGUCCAGAGGACAACCUUGAUUGAAUUACUGUAGUUUGUAUUUACCAAGUAUAUACAGUGCAUGGGGUGGAACACCUCAAUACUAUGCUUUCCUGGAUUUAUUUUCAUUUUUCCAGAUCCAUCAUUCACAUCCAUUAGCAAUCGACGACGACAGUGUUCCUUAUUCUUCAUUUCCGCUGCCACAUUGCAGGUAAACCUUUAUAUAUAUACAAAUUUUUCGCAGCUGUUCAUGGUUCUUGCUCAUGCUCUUGGUCCUUGCUCAUGGUUCUCGGUCAUGGUCACGCUCCUUCCACAAAAUUCUUCCACAUUAGUUCAAUCGAGUAUAAGAUGCCUAAAAAAUCCUGAUAUUUACCCAUAUAAUUCAUUAAAAUUUACACACGAAAUUUCUUUCUACAAAAUACUUCAACAUGAUAUACUCACGAGCUUGAUUGAAACGUCUAACUACCUUAAAAAAUGAAGAGUACUUCGAUGUUUCGUGCAAAGGCCAUCCACACAUCUCAUCAUAUAUCCCUACUACUUUCGAUAUAGCCAUAAUUUUAUUAACUACAUUAAAUUUCCAGUGAACCAUUGCUUUCUGACUGGCCAAAGAAAUUGUUAAAGCGAAGAGACAGGUGAGAAAUAUACUUUUACAUUGUUCUUUUUAAAUGCUCUUUUUCAAUCACCUCAUUUUGGCAAGUUAAGCUAUGCUAUGCUAAGCUACAGUAUGCUAUAUUUUGCUAUGCUACAGUAUGCUAAACUAAUUGUUCGACUGUAUUUGACAUAUUUAACUCAUUUUUAUAUCCUAGACGAACACCUCCAAUUGACCCUGAGAUAUUACGGGCAAUGGUCGUGAAAGGUUUUAUCGGACAAGCUCCCAAUCCAGGAAAUAGACUUCGUAAUCAGGUAGAGAAGACGAAAAACGCGUGGAUAAAAUUGCUGUUGUUGUUAUUAUUGUUGUUGUUGUUGUUGUUGUUGUUGUUGUUGUUGUUGUUGUUGUUGUUGUUGUUGUUGUUGUUGUUGUUGUUGUUGUUGUUGUUGUUGUUGUUGUUGUUGUUGCUGUCUGUUGUUGUUGUUGUUGUUGUUGUUGUUGUUGUUGUUGUUGUUGUUGUUGUUGUUGUUGUUGUUGUUGUUGUUGUUGUUGUUGUUGUUGUUGUUGUUGGACAGAAAUAACAUGAAGAAAUGAAGUCUAUACACAAUGUAUUUUACCAGGUUCCAUACAUAUGGCGUUCCACAUCCAAGCAAAAACGUGUUCCAGAGUCUCCAAUGAACAGGGGUAAGCAUUUGAUAAUGGCUCAGAAAAACGUGUAUAUGAAUUCGUCAGAAUAUUUAAUAAUAAACUGCCUCAUGACCUAAUAUUUUUAAAGUGUAUUUUUAGCGGUCUUGAAGUAUUUAAUAUAUUAACAACAUUGCCAUAUCUAGCCUAUCAUCAUUAAAAGCUCUAAACAUCUUGACUGUUCCUGUCUACAACGUUCAUUAUUGGUUACUUGCAAACUGUAGUUUAUGCAUGGGCUAAUGUUUAGAAACGUUGAAUUGUCAGCUGAUUUGCUAUGGUCUUGUAUCGUUUCCUAGAGCAGAAUCCAUUUUCCUCUUUGGUACCAAAGAUUUAUCGCCGAGUAGAAAUGAGAUAUUCCAAGUUAGGUAUGUAUAAAAAUAUUAAUUUCUUAUAUAAGGUUUGUGUAUACUUGUGUUUGCUAUUUUUGCAAGACUUUUUCCGCUUCAAACAUGCCUCUAAUAAAACGCUACAUAUAAGCCAACGUGCUAUAUAGUAUGCCAAAAACCGUCAUACUCUAUAUAUAGCUACAGUACGGUAAUAAAGUAUGACUUAUCUCAUUUUUAUAACUCUUCUUGUUAGGUGUUGACGACUUCAAUUUUCAACAUUACAAUAAGACUUCGUUCGCUGGAUUGGAAAUCCACAUUCCUAACGCCUACUGUAACUGUAUGCUACAGGUAUUGGAUAUUGCUUACGGUAUAAAGAUGGUUCAAUGCUUUGGAAAUAUCUAUUACGUGAGAAACGUAGCGAGAUUUGUGGGACAUACAGUAUAAGGCAUCUCAAGGGUUCGUCCAUUAAGUAGGAGGAGUGGAAAAUGUAUCAGACCUAUUGGUCCCAGAAAAUGUUUUGAGUUCCCAGAAAAUAUAUCCAGUUGCAGAGAAAGAAAAUGUGAAGCAAAUUUUAAUAAAAAUUUACAUUUUUUGGGUUCCCGGAAAAUAUUUUAAGUUCCAGUAGAAGAGAAAGAAAUGUGAAGAAUAUUUUGUGAAAAGAAAAGUGAGAAAUUUAAACAGGAAAGUAGAACAUUUUUAGCCCAUUAAGACGCAAGGCUCUGAAAAUCUCCCCUUAACUAGUAAAAUCGUCUGGCGUUAGACAGAGUAAAAUAACAAAGUAGGGCGCACCAGGGAACAUUGCCCGCCUUAAUGGGUUAAUAUUUCUUAUAAGGGGCUAUGUGGAGUCAGAAUUUUUGCAGUUUUUGCUUACACUUAUUGUUGAAAUGAUGCCAUUUCUACUGUACUCCCAGCUUCAUUAUUUAUUAACCACUCGCAUGUUGGAUGACGUUUCCUCUAAAGCUCGAUAGGUCUGCAUGCACUAUCAAUUGUCCUUACCCUCGAUCUUUUGUAGACCUUCUACUUUUUGGAACCGCUCAAAGUAUCUCUCCAAAACCAUUUGUGUAAAAAGGAGUUUUGUUUGGCUUGUGAAUUGGGAUUUCUCUUUGACAUGUUGGACCAAUCUUCUGGACAAACGUGUCAAGUAAGUUUCAAAUUCUGUCUUUCAACUAAAGUGAAAUCUCUAAACUGUGGGGUUUUCUUUCUCUCAGGCAAGCAACUUUCUUCGAGCGUUCCGAACAUUGCGAGAGGCCUCGGCUCUAGGUUUGCUGUUACCAGACACGGACGAAUCCCUGGGGCGAGUGAAUUAUCCCCGACUGAUUCAGAGCUGGCAAAGAUUUGUUCUGCAACAACUUCAUCGGGUAGGAAGAGUUGAACUUAUUUUCGCCAUAAGUUAAGCCUGUUUUUUAUAAAGGCCGUUUUCCACUGGGCGGAAUUCUCCGCGCGGAGCGGAAUUUUUCUUUGUCUUGUGAUUUCUCGGGUAGAACUAAUUAGAAAAGACAAAGAGAAAUUCCGCUCCGCGCGGAAAAUUCCGCCUAGUGGAAAACGGCCUUUAGGCAAAUUUGUUCGCACGAAGCGAAAAGCAAAUUUCGGCACUGUGAUUGGUUGGCAAAAACGUUUGCCGCGAAAAGCAAUCACAUUGUCGAAAUUGGCAAAACCGCAAAAAUCAACUCGUAAGCAUGCUGCGAGUACUUGCAUCUGUAUUUCCCUGAGGUGAUCUGGUGUUCGAUGGAACUCGUAUAUAUAACUAAUCGUCACCUCCUCACCCCUCAUAACUAGUUGGCUAUUGAACGGUUACAAAAAUGAUGUUCAAUGUACAUACCUGCAAUGAACUACUGCUGUAGGUUCGAGUCCACAGUGAUAACGGUAACAAUUUAGAUGGGAUUGAAUUGCAAUGGGUGCUUACCCAACCUCGGCCCACCUUAUAUGGCAGUAAACAACUGUAUGUUAAUGUUUCAGGAUACGGAAGUGAAACACGAUGAAAGUGAAGAAGGGAAUGAAACAGAAAGGCGAGACAUUUUGCAUUUUUUAUCGAUGAGUGAAAAACUACCGUUGUCUGUUUUGAUGUAUUUCAAGUCUGAACUUAUUUUCUCGUUCGCGUCCUCCCACAAAUAAACGCCAGCUGCACAUGCUAGUCUGAACUUGCCAGUUGGUUAGAACGCUGCACCGGAAUCGCAGGGUCGCAGGUUCUAUUCCUGCCAGAGGGCCGCGAUACUUGCAUUUUUCGCAACUGCUCCUGUUUAGGUCUAAUAAAUGUAUAAAAAUUCCACAACAAUCAAUGUGAACUUGGUUGCAUAAUAUUGCACACUUGUGCAUAUAGCAUUCGAGAUAUUUGCAAUAAGGUUGGCUAAAUUCCUUUAAAAAUAGUAUUACCAAGUUGUAUAAAUAUAUAGUUACACUUCAUUUGUAGGGUGACGGCUUUGAUAAAUUCGCUAUUUGGAUCGCAAGUUCAGAGGACAAGCCAAUGUAGUCAAUGUGGCGCGCAAACUACCCGAGAUGAUAUCACUUUGUUAACAGCUUUGUCUUAUCCAGAUAAUCCUGAGAACCGUACGUACUCUACUAAAACUAAACUUGACUAGACUUAACUGACUUUUAUUGCAUGACUAGUUAUAUCUGUUCUCCCUAGAGGUUCAGUAAGUCACCUCUGUUGGUCCAGUAUUACUACGGGAGGAAAUCUAAAUUAUUUUUAUUUAUACUAGGGCAAAAAAAAUAUGUGGGUUUCCGGUUUCCCGACCCUACCUAGCUUUUGGACGUCGAAAUCCCGACCCUAAACUUUUUUAUUGGAUCAUGCUUGUAAGUGUUUCCACUUAGAGGGAAAAGUUUGUGGAAAAUUGAAAUUUGAGGCAAUAUUCAAUAUUAGGGAAAUUUAUCUUUGGAUGUGGAAGCACUGACUAAACAAAAUGGCGUCCAGUUGUUAGGAAAUUUAAAAAAAAAAGUUUAAAAAAAAGUUAAAACCGACCUACCCUACCUAGGUUUUUAUAAGAAGAAACCGGAAACCCACAUAUUUUUUUUGGCCUAGAUAGCUUUAUCGUUUCUUAAUUGUUUUCCCUGGAAGUCCAGUAAAGGCCAGCCCCUAUUGGUCCACUUACUACAGGAGGAAACCUAAACUAAACUAAACUAGCUUUUGCAGUGGAUAGCUCUAUCAUUACCAUUCUUUACUUGCAUUUUGAAAAAGAACGGUAUGGUAAUUUAUAAAAUAACAUGUAUAUAACGCGUGUUCUGAUUCGUCAAAAGCCGUGUUUGGAUCAGGCCAUCCAAACACGGAAGACUAUCGUGUUGUUGUUAUUUUAUAAAACAAUUACUUUAUGGUUUCCGUGUUUGGAUGGACUGAUCCAAACACUUGGGAAUGUUGCUCGAGUUAAGAAAAGCGGGCAAAAUCACUCGCCUUCGGCUCGUGUUUCGCUCGCUUUUCUUAACUCUCGCAACAUUCCCGCGUGUUUGGAUCAGGCCAUCCAAACACGGAAACCAUAAAGUAAUUGUACAAUACAUGUAGAAAAAACAACAAACAAAUAUCCAUUUUCCCAGCAGAGGCUAUCAGUUUUGUGAAUGUUUUACAAUCCAGUCUACUUGGUGUCCAGACGAGCCCAGCAUGGUGUGAAAACUGCAAUAAAUUUCAACCCACGGUAAGUCGACCUUUUUGCUUUAAUUGUAUCUUCGUGUAUAACAGUGUUAUAGUUGGAGAAGUUAAGAGCCCAUGGGAUCUUUGUGGCCCACUGACCGGGAAAUAAGACUGGAUGGAAUAUCUAUUGUGUUGAAAACAAAUCAGUAAGUCCGUCAUCACCAACUGGUAACCUUUCAGCCAACAAGAUUGAAUUUAAUGUAAUCCUCGGGAAAGUGGAAGAACGCAGUCUAGGCCUUUACUCGGUUGACUUUGGCAAGGUUUGGUCAAUUUUUGGCCGGCAUUUGGUAAAUAUGACGUCACAUGCGAAAUGAAAGCAUGUGUGAGCAAGAUAUGCUGGCUCAAAGUUGAUAAAACCUGCCACAACCAGCGAGUAAAGGGCUGGCCUUAGACUGGGAAGAACGCAUAAUAAAAGAUCAUACUUAGAUUCUUGCACUUCACUUGAUGGAAUUAAUAUUAGGAUGUUAGGGUUUGUAAUCCAAGUGAGAAUAUAUACAUUUUAAGACCUAACCAGGAACGACUGCGAAAAAUGCAGCACAAGGUCCUCUGGUAGGAAUUGAACCUACGGCCCUGCGAUUCCGGUGCAGCACUCUAACCAACUGAGCUACAUAUUCUCACUUGGAUUACAAACCCUAAUAAAAGAUCAUCAACUGUGCUGUACAGCGGAGAGAUUCAUUGCACGCUCUCAGUGAAAUCGAAACUUAUAUUCAAUAUCACGUGAUCAUAAUCGGCCAAAUAAAUUAGAAUAAUUUAAUAACGUGUGAUAUAAAAUGUUAUGCCCAAUUAUGUUUUUCUAGAUUCACAGUAAGAAACUAAGUAGAUUACCAGAUGUACUGUCAGUGAACUGUCAAAUUGAUGCGGAAAAACACAAGGAAUUUUGGAAUCGUAAAAAAGACAAUGUAUGUGCUGUAUACUGUAUAUUAUAAUAACGGUGUAUAGUAACCAAGCCUGGUUGUUAUAGGCGCCAUUUUCAAAUGCAGCUGGCUUAACGACCACGCAUAGAUAGUUAGGGCCUACCUAGACAUCAUAGCACUAGUGGUAGGGUCCCCAUAACCCCCUAUCUCAUGUAAACACUCGCUAUUUUUUACCCUCUUGGUAGGGUCACCCUGGUGGUAGGGUUACCCUACCUCCAUGUAAACAGGCCCUUGUGUAGAAAUCCGACUGUCGUACAACCGACCCUAGUUGAAAAUGAAAGAUUUCGGAAUUGGUGUCACUGAUCACUACUGUGUAAUAAAGUUACAUGUAAGAAAGGACAUAGACUCAACAAACUCGUAUAUUUUGUUGUUUUAGUCAACUGAAAAGAAGCCAAAAGAUACGCCUGUUCAAAACACUCGAUCAAACAUUCCUUGUCGUUUUGGUGAUGGUUGCACGCGUGUUGGCUGUACCUUCUGGCAUACAAAAGAUGGUGAACAGACACCUGCUGAACCAGAGUGAGUAAUGAUCUGACACAGUGUAUACAUCCAUUGCAGUUGACCUUAAAAUAAGCUCAUGCCAUACCUGUAUAUUUACUUUUUUGCAUGUAACCAAAAAUAAUUUGCAGUUAGCCCCGCGAGCGAAGCGACCUGAGCAGGUUUGGGAUCGCGUAGCUUGCGAGUUGCGACGGGGCAUCGGGCUACCGGGGGAAACGUUUUGAGCAAUUGGGCCCGAGAACGUCAAUUUUGGCAAUAGGAAAUAUGACUCAGAGCUUGACGGCUUGAGAUUUGAUAAAUAAAAUUCAGCCACAGAACAGGAAAGUUGUCAGACCACACGCAGUUUGAAACUAAAAAAGAGAAUGUUAUAGAAAAGAGACACCUAUUAAAUUUUGUCGGUAAAUGUUGCGAAGAGAUACUGGGAAUAAUUUCCUAUAAUACUUGCGUGCACAAGACCUUCCGACCCAGGUUUGCAGUUAGCUCCCAGUCACUUGCAGGUAACGCGGUUACAUAGGAUUGCAAAAUCUGACACCCAUGGCUCAUGCAUGAUAUCUGUAUUGCAAGGUAACUUGAUAAAAUUCUUGCUACCGCGGUCAGCAAGUGCAGUGGUCUCAAGGGUCAGUAGGUGCAACAGUCUCAAGUAGCCUGAAUUUCAGACGGCCAUCCUUUGAGCAACGAGUCUGAAAUGCAGGCUAUCAUCUCGGGUAUAGUUGUACAUGUACAUUCUUCACACCGAAGCUUUUUCUAAGUAUUAAACUGUCUAUUUUGUGAAGUUCUGUUUUCGUUUUUAUUCAUUAGGUUGACUGUUGAAAGUUCGAGGGAAGACUGUGUACUGACUUGGGUACCAUUCUUUAUGAAGUUAAGACUAGCAGAUGACGGAACUUUGGUCUGCUUAGAUUUGGUACGUUCAGUAUACAUGCACAUGAUUUUGUGUGGAGUAUAGACCUAAUCGGAUAACACAUGUGCAUGGCCCAUGUUAGAAAUAGAUUUUGAAGAAUAGAAUUGAAUAUAACUUUAUAUAUUUGAUUACGCUGGUCACUUCAACCGAAGCUGCUUUCCAAGUGGGGCGUAGAUAAUUAUAAAAUUUUACAAAUAUAUGAAGUACAAAUUGUACCUGUACAAAUCGCUAACAAUAUUUACAAUUACGAAAAUACGAAAUAAAUCUCACAAUACAAAUGCUACAAAAGUCGAAUAGCUAAAUAAAUUCAUCAUGAUCCAAAAGUCGAAUAGCUAAUUCAUCAGACAUAUUCAUCAGGAAAUAUUCCUAUUGAAAGAAUUUAAAGAUUUGCUGUUUCUCACUUGUUCAGGAAAGCUAUUCCAGAUUUUAACCCCACUGUGUAGGAAACAUUUUCUGCCAUACUCUGUAUUUGGUCGCGGCAGAAAGAGAGACGAAUUUGAACCCUGUAAGUUAUAACUGUGGAUAUGGUUAGAAUUCUGGAUAUUAUAUUGACAACCUUAAAUUUUCCGGCAACAAUAUUUCCUGGUUCCCAAUAUUUCAAAUUGUUGUUCUUUAUCACUUUACUGUCAUUAAUUCUUGUCUGGUUCAAGACUUUAUCAAUCUAAUUUGACUUUUACAAAGAAUUAAACCCUUGUAAACUAGUGAACAUUUGUGCAUUUUUUUCCUAGCUAGCUAUGUUGUACCGAUAUCGAGUGGGCAACCAGGAAAUAUUGUUGUCGGAAUUAGACAUCUUUCCUGAUGGUGGGCAAAUCAGGAAUCAUUGUUGAAUAAACAUUAUUUCUUAUGCAUGUUUCUCGAAGGUGGGCAAACCAUUGUUUCGGCAAGCGCUUCUGAAACAAGAUAUGUUGCUGAAUUUGUACGCAAACAUUUCUUGAAGCAAACUUUUGCUUCCCCAACAAUUUUUCCGAGCGUAGGCAAACAGGGGAGACUUGAGGAAACAUUGAAAUUUUCAAUUGUUUAUGAGGCAAUGUUUUCAAGCCCAGGACUUUAAGUCUGGUGGGAAUUGUAUUUUUGCAGCUAUUGUAUUCAUGUGUUUUUUUUUAGAAUUCCGAAGACGAGAGCCUUGAGGAUGGUGAUAUUAUUUACGAUUUAAAAUCAUCAGUCGCUCACAUUCAGGACUACAAUUCACCUGGCAACCUGGUUGCAAUGAUAAACGUGGACAAGUCGUAUCACAAAGAACCUGUGGUAAGUCAAGGAGGGCUUAAUGGGGGUGGCGGUUAAAAGAGAGGAGGCGUAAUAGACUGGUUUCGUUUAGAGGAGGGUUGAAUACACAAGGGGUUAAUACAGAGGGGACCUCCAGGUCUUAAUAGAGAUGAAGGUUGAAUGGAGAGGCUUAAUAGAGAUGGGGGUUAAUUGCUUAUUGAUUUGGCCCAAAGGGUAAGAUAAAAGUGGAUUUACAAGUACAAUGAAUACAUGUUACCAUGCAAUACAUAUGUUGUUAAAGGUGGAUGUGUGUGUGUGUGUGGGGGCGCAUUUGAAAGGAUGACUUGAUUGAUAGUUUACGGUGGUAUAUGUUUUUGGAGUCAAAAUAUAAAUGUUCUCGCUAAUUUUGGAUGAGGUGAUAAUUUUUAGGUUUAUUUUUUUCAGGCAGAUGAAGAUAGCAGUUGGUAUCUAUUCAACGAUUUUGGAGUGUCUGAAAUUAGUAAGGUAUUUAAUUAAGAGCCUUUUUCAUGAAUUGCUUUAGAGAUUAUAUUUGCCGUAUUAUUUUAAAGAUUUUAUCCGCCUUCACCGUAAACAUCGAAGUCAAGGCCCUUCCAUAGACUAGUACAAUGCGGUAUUUGGUUAUAUCUUGAGUGUGGGAGUGAAGGGGCGUUGGACACUAUUGAAGAAGUUAAUUGAAGGGCACGACUAGUUCACAAAAUACUUGAAGGUUUCAAGUGUCUUUGUCUGAAAGUUAGGAUGCACCGAAGGGCCUUAGUUCAGGAUAUUGAACUAUUUUCUAUAUUUCCAGAUUUCCUUCAACCAAUUUCGUAAACUCUGGUUAUAGUUUAUCUUUUUUAAAGUAUUCAUGAGAAUUUUAAAGUAAAAUAUUGUUUUUGAAACUUUCAUGAUAAAUUCUCACGAUAAAUUAACAAUUUUCUUAUGUGUAGGGAGAGGCAGUCGAGUUUGAUCUAUCGUGGAAGACUCCGUGCAUUCUUCAGUUUGUUCGUCGAAAUAUGAACACGGACUACGAUCUAACCGGUAUGGACAGUAAACCUGACUUAUACUACAGUAUUAAAAGACCAUGCCUAAUUGAUCCCACAAGUUUUAUUGAAAGAGGGUACCUAAACUAAACUAACAAUUCUAAACUGUUCUCUCUGAAGAAGAUCUAUAAUACCACAAGACCAAACCAACUUAAUUUAUAGGGGGCCUGUUCGGGGUCUGUUAUUUUCGGCGAAGCCACUGCUUUUUUUUUGGGGGGGGGGCCAUACUUUAAAAUGCUGCAGUGCCGUUUUUAUUUAAAAGCCCCUCUCCACAUCACCAUUCGCUUCUUAUCAUCAACCACACCCAUUAAUGCGACUCUUUCUUCAUUUAGUAUGCCGUACGAUUGAUAAACAGAUAAUCCUGGGAGAUGUUUCUCUCUCACAACUUCAUAAUGCAGCAGCGCAGAGAAGCUUCACACCACUUAAUCUCAAUGAAGUGAUACAGGAAGGAGUUGUUGUUGGAAUUGAUUGUGAGUUUGUCACUUUAAACCAGGUAACUGCCGCCAGUUUUCCUUCUUGGAAUAUUUAUCCAGUAUUACUACAAGGGGAAAUUUAUACUGGAUAGCUCUACCUCAAAGUCAUUACACUGUAAUACUUCAUGAGUAAAUUAGCCAACCAUAUUACUUUAUUUUGCUCACAUGAUGAUACUGGAUACCUGGUGAAGUGUAUUGAUCCAGUCCUAGUUAUUUAUUCGUAUGAGAUGUCAUAUCAACAUGAUAACAUGAUUUGAUCAAAUUGCUCGGACUUGAAAUCUCGUCCAGUCCUCACAGUCGGAUUUGAAAUAUUGCAUCACUUCGUCUAAACUUAGAGAUCCCGUAAGAGUCAUCCCUUAUUGCUCCAAACUGUUCUCUCUUAGAUCCAUCCAGUAAAGGUCAUACCUUAUUGCUCCAAACUGUUCCCUCUAGAGAUCCAGUAAAGGUCAUCCCUUAUUGCUCCAAAACUGUUCCCUCUAGAGAUCCAGUAAAGGUCAUCCCUUAUUGCUCCAAAACUGUCUUCUCUAGAGAUCCAGUGAAGGCCAUCCCUUGUUGCUCCAAAACUGUUCCCUCUAGAGAUCCAGUAAAGGUCAUCCCUUAUUGCUCCAAAACUGUCUUCUCUAGAGAUCCAGUAAAGGUCAUCCCUUAUUGCUCCAAAACUGUUCCCUCUAGAGAUCCAGUAAAGGUCAUCCCUUAUUGCUCCAAAACUGUCUUCUCUAGAGAUCCAGUAAAGGUCAUCCCUUGUUGCUCCAAAACUGUUCCCUCUAGAGAUCCAGUAAAGGUCAUCCCUUAUUGCUCUAAAACUGUCUUCUCUAGAGAUCCAGUAAAGGUCAUUGACCCUUAUUGCUCAAAACUGUUCCCUCUAGAGAUCCAGUAAAGGUCAUCCCUUAUUGCUCCAAAACUGUUCCCUCUAGAGAUCCAGUAAAGGUCAUCCCUUGUUGCUCCAAAACUGUUCCCUAGAGAUCCAGUAAAGGUCAUCCCUUAUUGCUCUAAAACUGUCUUCUCUAGAGAUCCAGUAAAGGUCAUCCCUUAUUGCUCUAAAACUGUCUUCUCUAGAGAUCCAGUAAAGGUCAUCCCUUAUUGCUCCAAAACUGUCUUCUCUAGAGAUCCAGUAAGGGUCAUCCCUUAUUGCUCCUAAACUGUUCUCUCUAGAGAUCCAGUAAGGGUCAUUCCAUAUUGCUCCAAUGAUACUACAAAAGGAAAUCUAACCUAAAGUAAUUUCUUUUGCACUAGAUUGCUUUUAUCAGUACGUUAGGUUGCAGUAAAUGUCAAAGGGGAGGGUAGGCUUAGAUCCCAGCUGUUCAGCUCUUCAUUUUAAUGUAGCCCCUUAACAUUUCACAAAUUAAUUAAUUGCCCCAAAGUAAUGAACAGAUGAACAAUUUUUCUACCAUAAAUUUUAUACAACCAACAGGGUCACCAUUAGCGACUCUUAAUAAGGUCACCUUCUGUACCUGUUCGUUCGCGACUUCACAUUUUUGUUCUUUCUACUCUCCAAUCGGAUAUCUUUUAAUCCUUUUAUAGGAAGAAUCUGAGAUACGUAGUGAUGGAACUCGUUCUACUGUAAAACCAAGCCAUAUGAGUGCCGCUCGAGUCACUUGUGUACGAGGGUAGGUUGCGUCGGAGAUGAAUUUCUAGGAAUGCCCACCACCUCCUAGCCUUGGCAAAUUUUACACCAGUUUUAAAAUAUAUUAAACAAGUAUUAAACUUGUGUUCUUUAAGGCUGAUUUCCACUGUUGCGUUUUUCGUACGCACGUACACGCACGUAAAACUUUGAAUCCUUCUAUUUUUAAAUAUUUUACAAACAAGUUAACAAAUGUAUACUAAAACUUGCGGAACACUAAAUUCUGUUGCUUUAUUUAUUUGGUUAUUUCAUAAGUAACAUUCAAACGGAUUUAAAGUUUUACGUGCGUAUACGUACGUAUGAAAAACGCAACAGUGGAAAUCAGCCUUUAGCAAUGAUUUAAGAAAGCAAGUUAACCACUGGUCGCGUAUUCACCAAAGCUGUAAAUUAAGACCUGGCGUUUGAAAUUGAUGUUUGGCGUAUAAAUGUUAUGCUUGAAUUGCUACGAGGGCUUGUAGUCGUUAAAGCAUGAAAUUUAUACGCCAAUCGUAAACUUCAAAUGCUAAAUCUUAAUUUACUGCUUUGGUGAAUACUUGACUAGUGGUUAAUUUGUUUUCUUGAAUCAUUGUUACAUAUCACAAGUUUAAUAAUUGUUUAAUAUAUUUUAAAACUGGUGUAAAAGCUGCUAUAAUAGAGUUGUAAAAUCAAAAACUUCGUUAGCGGUUUGACGUUUGCCGUAAACGUCAAUCUAAAACUCUCUAAUAGCUCAGAUCAAACCACACGCAUAUCUCAUCCUAGAUUUUAACUCAUGAGGCGUGGAAAAGAUCGAACGAAUAAUUCAAUAAAGGAACUUGAAAUGUGAAAUAUUUUCCACACUUUUCAGGACAUUCAUUUCCUCUUCCCAAUGCGUCAGAAGUUAAAACGUGCGAUUUUAGAUGCCAAGCUUGUAAGAAACUUCUUAAAAUAAAGUGACCCAGAGAGGCUGCCAUUUGUUACGUCACCAAAAUUGAAUUUGAUUAGGAAAUCGGAACUCGCUGCACCCCAUUCAUGCUUAUUAAAUAUUCUUGCUGUUAUGCUGACAAUUCGCUGGUAAAAUUCGUGAUUUUUCUCUCGAUAGUGAAGGUCCGUUGAGAGGAAGGCCGUUUAUUGAUGACUACAUCUCCACGUCAGAACAGGUAUAUGCGUGUACAUGUCAAAUAUUUUGUUCCACAGUCUGUUCCACGAUAUAGUCCAGCGGAAAAGUAAAAAAUCAUGCACUUUGUGAAGAAAGCACCAAAUUCACAGGAAGUGUAGACUUUAAUUAACACGAUAAUGAAUCUUAGAUAUGGAGGCAUCACCAAAAUUGAUGCUGACGGCUUAAAAUUUAGGAUUUCUUAUAUUCUCUUAUUAAACUCUAUUACUGUUUAAAAUUGUGAAAUUGCAGGUUCACAUAUAGCAAAAAUGACGUGCAUGAUUAGAAAGCUUACAAAAAACUACAUAUAAGACUUUUAAACGGCUGAUUGAUUUUCCAAGCGGUUUUCCAGUUAUUGCUAUUUAAAAACGUGAUAAAUAGGCAAUAAUCCCGCCAAAAUCCUGGACACUAGCCCUAAAACAUAUUUUCAACCGCUCAUAUAACUCCAGAGGAGUUGGAAAAUCAAAGUAACUGCUUAAAUGUCUUAUAUGUAGUUUUUUGUAAGCUUUCUAAUGACGCAUGUCAUUUUUGCUAUAUGUGAACCUGCAAUUUCACAAUUUUAAACAGUAAUAGAGUUUAAUAAGAGAAUAUAAGAAAUCCUAAAUUUUAAGCCGUCAUCAUCAAUUUUGGUGAUGCCUCCAUGUCUAAGAUUCAGUAUCAUGUUAAAGUCUACACUUCCUGUGACUUUGGUGCUUUCCGCCACAAAGUGCAUGAUUUUCUCAAAUAUCUGUGCAUAUCCGCUGGACUAAUAGUAGCUGACAAAAGUAUUCAUCCUUAAAAUCAUGUUGUUGUACAGGUAUAGUGCAGACACAAAUCACGGGAACGUACGUACUGUAGAAUACUACUUACACAGUACCACCACGUUUGGGGUAUCAUUUUCAAGUAGUCCAGACAAAAACCACGACAGCUUAUCGUAUAAUACUACCUACACUGGACCUCCACGUUUAUUUCCAGAUAUUUUAGACGCAAACCAUAUCAGCUUAUUGUAGAAUACUACCUACAUUGGGCUCCCAAGUUUGAGAUAUCACCUUCAGGUAGUUCAGACGCAAACUACGCUGGAAAAUAUACCAAAAAACCCAGUAAAUUUAAAAAAAAACCCAAGUGAUCUGCGAAAAUUGAAAAUCACUUACAAUUGUCGAGGGAAGGCUAUUCGUCAGGGCGUCAGUAGGAAUUGUAUUGUUUUCGCCUGACCUUAACUAUUUGUCCUUUUUCAGGUUGUAGAUUACCUAACAGAAUUUUCUGGCAUCAACCCAGGCGAUCUGGACGUAGCACUCUCUUCCAAACAUCUCACAACACUAAAGACAACUUACCUAAAGUUAAAGUACUUACUACAACAUAAUGUGCUGUUUGUGGGACAUGGUUUGAAGAAAGAUUUCAGAGUACUCAACAUCAUGGUAGGUUUUUAUCUAGCUGGAUUUCACUAAGCACUCUCGUGCAGCAGAUGCAUGGUGGUCAACUGUCAGCUAUCAGGAGCGGCAAAGUAAUGCUAACAGUCUUUUCAGUAUUAUGAGAGCGGUUCAGAUUUGACUGGAACACCAACAUGGCGGCUGUGACGUCAUGUGCAAACGCUCUAUAGAAGAUGCAAAAUAAGUCCGUCAUGAGUUAUGCGUAGCGACAUAUACGAGUCGUUUUGAGAACUCAAAUUUCAUCUUUAUUUAAAAGAAUCGUUCUUUUCUAGGUUCCCAAAUCACAAAUUGUUGAUACAGUUCAACUGUUCCAUCUCCCACAACAAAGAUUUAUUUCGUUACGAUUUCUUGCUUGGUAUUUUUUGGGUAAGUUUAUAGUGCUCGCCAUUCAUUCUCGUCCCCAGGGUUCUCCUCCGCCUGCACAUACGCACCAGAAGGCCCUGGGGACGAG